AUGGCAGGAAAUGGAGUUCAAGUGCUCAAGAAAUUAAGGAGAGGCAUAAGAAAGGUUAUGUUUUUGUUAUCAUUCAAUGCAAAGAAAUGGUUCAUUUCAUCAUCUCUGAAAUCUCCAAACUUGGCAAAGCUUAUUAGCUUUAAAGAUCAACCAAGUUUGAUCAAUUGUUACACAACUGAUGAAGAUGAGUUCUAUGAAGUUGGUUCAUCUUUAAGUGUCUCAAGGACUUCGAGUUCGGCUUCGGAGAUUUCAAGAACAAUUAGCUCCGCCUCAGCAACAACCGAUAGUUCAUCAUCUUCAGGGGAUGAUAUUAAUGUUAAAGCUGAAGCUUUUAUUGCUAGUUUUUACAAACAUAUUCAGAUGGAAAGAGAGGUGUCUUUGAAGCUCAGGUAUUGCAAGCCAAGUGAUGAUGAUUUGGAGAGGACCAAGUCUUUUUGA